AUUUCAGUGACGUGCUGCUGCACUACAAAUAAAGUCUCGCUCCACAGCUCAUGCACUGCUGAAGCACUGAAGAGGCAGAUCAUUCCAGCAUUCCAGAGGACAUCACCACAUCUCACGCAUCAGCAUGGCUCUAGACAUUGGCAGUUGGGACUUGGCGUGUGAGUUCAAUAACACAGACCACCGUACCGAGCUGAACGGCACUGACCGGCUGAUUGUGCGGAGAGGUCAGCCCUUCACCAUCAACCUCAAUCUCCGCUCUGGAUCCUAUGAGCCUGGAGUACAUCAGCUCCAGAUCACUGCAGAGACAGGACCACAGCCUGUGGAGCAGUAUGGUACCAAGGCUGUCUUCGGUCUGAGUGAUGCUAUUGAUGACACGCGUUGGAGCGCUGCAGUAACCAGUCCGCCUGGGGACAUAGUCUCCUUGUCCAUCUGUUCUGCUCCUGAUGCCCCCAUUGGACACUACAAGCUAACUCUGGACAGCUGUGCCCAGUUUAAGUUGAUAUUGCUCUUCAACCCCUGGUGUCCUCGAGAUGCGGUGUACAUGGACAGUAACGAGAAACUGGACGAGUAUGUUUUGGCUCAGGAUGGAUUAAUCUACCGGGGUGAUGCUAAAUAUCCCAUUCCAUCAGCUUGGGAAUUUGGCCAGUUUGAAGAAGGCAUUCUGGACGCAUGUCUGCAAAUUUUGGAUGAGAACCCUAAAUACAAGAGGAACCCUGGAAAAGACUGCUCUGGCCGCAGAAACCCUAUAUACGUCUGCAGAGUGCUCAGUGCUAUGGUGAAUAGUAAUGACAGAGAUAAUGGAGUUUUGGAAGGCUGCUGGAGAGACACAUUUGAUGGUGGAAUCAGCCCCAUGGCAUGGAGGGGGAGUGUGGAGAUUUUGAGAACCUGGAACUCUACUUCCUGUUUGCCUGUCCGCUAUGGCCAGUGCUGGGUAUUUGCAGCUGUUGCCUGCACUGUGUCUCGAGCUCUGGGAAUCCCCUGCAGAGUGGUGACAAACUACCUCUCAGCUCAUGACACCAACGCUAACCUGGUGAUUGAACGCUACGUUGAUGAAAAUGGCCAGCUGCAGAACAUCAGCAAAGACAUGAUUUGGAACUACCAUUGCUGGGUGGAGAGCUGGAUGACUCGUCCUGAUCUGAAAGCAGGCUUUGAUGGCUGGCAGGCGAGUGACCCCACACCCCAGGAGAAGAGCGAGGGAGUGUACUGCUGUGGGCCGGUCCCUGUGCGAGCGAUAAAGGAGGGAGAGCUCACGUUUAAGUAUGACGCUCCAUUUGUGUUUGCGGAGGUAAAUGCAGAUGUGGAGACAUUCCUGAAGUAUAAGGACGGCAGCACACGCAAGAUUACCGGCACUAGCCAGGUCGGCCAGAAGAUCAGUACCAAGAGUGUUGGAAAUGACGAACGAGAGGACAUCACGCACCUUUAUAAGUACAAAGAAGGCUCUGCUGAGGAGCGAGAGGCAUUUAAAAAAGCCAACCACCAAAAUAAACUGCUCAAGCAGCCGGUCAACACUGGCCUCCACGUCAAUAUCAAGGUCUCCAUGGAGAUGAGGAAGGGAUGUGACUUUGAUGUCUUUGCCGUGGUUAACAACACCACAUCGGUGGAGAAGAAGUGUCGUCUGGUUUUUGCCUCCCGCGCCAUGUCUUACGAUGGAUCCAUUGGGCAGGAGUGCGGGUUUAAAGACUUGCUGAAUGUGGAGCUGCCGCCUGGAGGAGAGCGGAAGGUGCCUCUGAGGUUGAACUACAGUAAAUACUGCAACGCUAUAACUCAGGACAAUCUAAUCCGCCUGGGAGCUCUGCUGAUAGACUACAGCACCAGAGACGCUGUUCUGGCCAUGCGCACCAUCGUCCUUGAAAACCCAGAGAUCAAGAUCAGGAUCUUGGGAGAGCCCAAAGUGAACCGUAAGCUGGCAGCAGAACUCAUUGUGCAGAACUCACUGCCAGAUCCUUUAGAGGCAUGCUGCUUCAGCAUAGAGGGAGCCAACCUUACUGCGGGCAAGACCAUCACUGAAAGGUUCCCAAAAAGUGUGGAGCCUGGGCAAGAAGCCAAGGUCAAAAUCUACUUCACUCCCACUCGCUCCGGCCUGCGCAAACUGCUGGUGGAUUUUAACAGCGACAGACUGUGCCAUGUUAAAGGGUUCAGGAACGUAAUCAUUGGCAAAUAAGGGCCUUUGACCACUCCAGUGCAGCUACACUACAUACAGUACCAGGUUAAUUAAGUGAAAGUGUUUGGAUGUGAAUAAAAAUCGAAAUGAAAUCGUUGUGUAUUGUCCAACAAAAAUGUGAAAAGCCAAAUUUAUAAUUUUUGUGCCAGUUGUCAUUUCAUUUUCUGUGCUUAUUGCAUAGCUACAGGGGCCUUUAAUGAUAGUUUUUGUUUAACAUAUCACCAAUACACCAUUUAUGCUGGGAGCUUCAUGAAAGAUACGGUAUGCCUAUUUAGCUGGUGAUGGCUAUCAUUAUCAUUGCAAAAUUUUGUUACUGCAUACACGGUCCAUCAAAAGUUUGCAGACACUCAGCUUUUUAAAAUCAAUAAAUGAACUGCUGUAAAUCAAAAGAGGGUGUCCUUUGAUGGUUUGCAGUAGCAUUUUAAUAAGAAAGCUGUGCAGAUACUGCAUGUUUUCUGUGCAAAAAAAGUAUAAAAUAGAGGCAACACUAACAAAAGUACUCUCAACUCUCAUUACUCAAACCUUUAAGGUUAAAACUGCGCUUUCAUUGUGUGCUUGAUGACACACAGUGACACACAAUGACAGCUUGGAAAAGAAGACAAAGGAAUAUUGUUUGUAAUAUGUAAUAACUGAAAAAGUAAUAGUGAGCAUUAAUUAGAAGUCUAAAAGUGUCUCCAAACUUUUGAUGGGCAGUGUAAAGCUAAAGUGGGAACCUAGUCCCAUUAUUUUCUAGUCGUUUGUGUGUUAAUUUACUUUUAAGGAUGUUGUUUCAGCCUGUAAAUAUACUAGUUGAGCAGGCAGAAAUAAAAGAAGAUAAAAGAUAAAAGCAUUAAAUGUUGUAAGGAGCAGACGUUUGUUGUGUACUGUGUUCCACAGACUAACAACAUGAUGAAUACAUUAAAGAGUUAUAGCCUAGCUGACAGAUAUCACCAUAUGAAUUAUUAGCAAAGUACCUAGAAUUGCAAGCUUAGCAUGGUUUUGCUUGCACAGUAACAUUGUGUAAGCUGGCUUUUAAAGUUUUAAAGUUUGAAAACAAGACUGCUGUGAAAUUUCUCUCAAAUUAGGUCACAUUAUGUUGCCAGUAGAGUAGAAAGUGCACAUUUGCCAAAUAAACAUUAACAAAGGCACUAUUUGCUUACUUUAGAACCAACCAGGCACAGUAAAUAUGAGAAACAGAUUAAACUGUUGAGGGAAAGUUUAAACUAAUAUCUCAUCCUCCAGCACUCCAGCCUGCAAUGUCUCACUUAGCUACUACUGCUCAGCAUGAUGUUCCUGUCUGGAUUUCUCACUACAUUCUUUCAUACAGUUUGCUUUGUUACUAUUAUCUAUGAUUCCUGCAUUGUCUUUGAAACUCUCUUUGGUGCUAAUUGUAAAACUGGGCAUACUUGUAUUAGGAGGCACAGUCAA